UUGGCCGAGGCUUUCGAGUGUGUUGGCUUGUUCCUGCUGCGACAAGACGCGACAGUGAUCUGUGUCGUACUCAGUACUCGUUACGACUUCGCAGCGUGAAUAUCCAAGAAAGAUCGCACAUCGACGGACGCCGAGUGAUUCUCGCGAUAAAGAAGAAAAAGUAGAUUAUUGUUAAGUCACUUUUGUGCGUGUGUGUUUUUUGUGUGCACGUAAUUAUGGACAUGGAAAUGGACAUGGAUGUAGCUAUAGACGACGACGACCUCUGGUCCGAUGAAGACAUGUCCGAUGACGAAGACUACGCCCCGAUGUAUUAUCAUAAUCAAAAAAUAUACGCAAGAUUGCCGACUAUGAGCGUAAAUUUCAAUUGGGCAGUCGAAGACGAGCGGUACCCAUUUUUCUGUCGUCUUCUGGACUUGACAUGGGAUUGGGACUACAGCGCUGUCAGUCUACCUCCGAAUCUCCGAGACAUCUUCCGAGCCGAGGCGAUCGAUUACUUUCUCACGCAGGCCGUAUUGAUCAGGGACGACGAUCGCGAACGGGCCGAGCAAUUCAUUCGGUUCGUGUCGGCCAGCGGCUACAAGGACCAACCCACCGACUUGAACCAGUACGGCAGACCAUCGCCGCGUCGCACCACCCUGGUCCAUCGUGCGAUAGGAAAAAACUGGGAUUCCGUCGUGAUCAGGCAUCUGUUGCGGAUUUACGACGGCUGCGACGUCAACUACGUCGACGAGUCCGGCCUGACGCACUUCCACGUGGCCUGCUGGAAGGGCUUCAACGACGCCGUGCAGCGAUUCCUCGACCACGGCCGGGUGGAUCCCAACGAUUGCCUCUGGCGGGAUCAGGGCCAGUCGCCGCUGUACCUGGCCGUGAGCGGCGGCCACGACAAGGUGAUCGCGUCGCUGCUGCGAGGAGGCGCCGAUCCGAAUUCGGUCGACGCCGCGGGCAGGACGGCUCUGCACCACGUCUGCGAGCUGUGGACUCGCGACAGAUUGGCCAGCAUAAUAUUCGAGCUCGGCCGUGAAAAUAAUCAUCCGGUGCUGAUCGAUGCCCAAAACAACGAGGGCAACACUCCGCUGCUGUUGGCCGUGUCCAAGGGCAACUUCCGAAGCUUGGGCGAAUUUCUGCUUCGAAAGGGCGCCGAUCCAAACUUGGCCAAUGCGGAGGGAUCGACGGCCCUUCACGCGAUCUGCAAGGGAGACUACGACCAAGACCUUGUGAAUGCGUUUUUCGAGCUCAGCCGUGAAAAUAAUCAUCCGGUGCUGAUCAAUGCUCAGGACAAUCAAGGUAACACUCCGCUGCACUUGGCCGUGAGUAAAGGCAACAAGAACGUGGUCGAGUAUCUGUUGAGACGAGGCGCCGAUUCGAGCUUAGCCAACGCGGAGGGACAGACGGCGCUGCACAUCAUUUGUAAGCGAGACAAGGAGGACGACUUGAUCGAUACUUUCUUCAACGUCUGCGCCGAGGUCAAUCAGGUUGUGCAGGUGGACGCCGAGGACAAUUUGAGCGUGACACCGCUGCAAUGGGCCGUGACGAGAUUCCGGCCCCACGUGGUCGACGUUCUCUUGAAUCGUGGCGCCGACGUAUCGCACUUCGUUUUCCCCGAAGAGGAUCUUUUCUCCGGAAUCGGAGAAUUGGACAUUUGUAGCAACGCUCGAUUACUGAGGCUAGCCUCGGGCGCACUGGCCUGCGUCGAGCUUCUCGAGGCGCGAGGAUACGCGAUGAACCUGAUCGAAGCCCUGCGGCUCAUGAAGAUGUUCGCCUUCAACUCGAUCUACGAGCAGCCCCGGGAUCGCGCGAGAUUUCGACGCUGCCAUCGCAAUGAGGAAUUCAUGCGACGAGCCAGAGAGAUAAUGAUCAGCGCCGACGUGUCGCUCUACGACGCGAUGCAGACGCACGCCGACCAGGCGGAAGAUCGGCUGAAUUACAUGGAUUACUACGAGUUCGCCCUGUCCAGCGAGUGGGCGAAGAUACCCCAGGUGCACAGGCUGGCCUGCGCCGUGCACCUGUGCGAGAAAUCGACCAGAGGCUUCUUUCGGCGCUGGGCGCUGUUCGCCGUCGCGGACUCGAUGUUCGACCUACUGCCCGUUCUGUGCCGCGACACGAUCUUCGAGAUGCUGUCGAACUACGAUUUGCGGGCUGUCGUCAUGGCGGCGGAUCCGAAUCAAAACGAAGUUGACGAUGGCGAUUAAUAAACCGUGUUUGAAGUACUUUUUUGUCCGAUAUCAUUGAAUUAUGCAACUUUUCUAUAUUAUUAUUUUCCAUGGUAUUAAAGUGAAUAAAUUGAAAUGAAAAAAUA